GAAAAAGUCCAGUUACCAGCAGGACCUGGUCACUGACAGACGCUUCAUCCUAACUGAUGUUCCACAAAGCCUGAAGGUUUUUAUUUCAUUUUAUUUUAUUUUGCAUUUUUUACGCCCAAACAAAAUGAGAGCCUUUAUUCCCACUCUGACCAUUUUGUGGGUGAUAACAACCCCCUGCACGGAAGCCAUGCACGGACUGUACAACUUUGGCCAGCACGACUUGUUCUACAAAAAGAACAACUGUAAGCAGAUUCCCACCAACCUCAUGCUCUGCCACGACAUAGAAUACACGGAGAUGCGUCUGCCGAACCUGCUCGGACACGAAACCAUGAAUGAAGUCCUGCAGCAGGCUUCCUCUUGGAUCCCCCUGGUCCAGAAGCAGUGUCACCCCGACACCAGGAAGUUCCUCUGCUCGCUGUUCGCUCCCGUCUGCCUGGACGACCUGGACGAGCCCAUCCAGCCGUGCAGGUCGCUGUGCGAGAGCGUCCGGCGAGGGUGCGCGCCCCUCAUGUACUCGUUCGGCUUCCCGUGGCCGGAGAUGUUCGAAUGUGACCGUUUCCCGCAGGACAACGACCUGUGCAUCCCACCUGCCAGCGCGGAGAACGUCGUUCCUGUCACCAAAGAGGUGCCCAGGGUGUGCGAUGCUUGCAAAGAAACAGAAGAAAAUGACAACGAAAUCGUUGAUAACCUGUGCAAGAAUGAUUUUGCCCUGAAAAUCAAAGUGAAGGACAUUUUUUACGUCAACGACGACACCAAGAUAGUACCCGAGGCCAAGAGCAAGACCAUCUACAUGAUGAACGGCGUGACGGAGCUCGACCUGAAGAGGACCGUGCUGUGGCUGAGGGAUGGACUGCGCUGCAUCUGUGAGGAGAUGAACGACAUCAACGCCGCCUACCUGGUCAUGGGCCAGAAGAUAAACGGGCGCCUGGUUAUCACCUCACUGAAGCGCUGGCAGAAGGGCCAGCGUGAGUUCAAGAGGAUCUCACGGAGCAUUCGUAAGAUCCAGUGCUAGGAAGGAGAGAUGAAACUGUGUAAUGAUGCUGAAUAUCAAGCUUAGUCAAAUUAUUUUGUUUGGCUCUAAAGUGCAGCUGAUUCCCCAGGCCUCCAAACACACAACUUCCUGUUUCUUCUUUGGGCUUAUUAUAGAAAAAAGCAUUUAAUUAUAAAUCAUGUGUUGGAUUACAUUUAUAAAACACAUAAUCUAUAUAAAAACACAAAUUUAGUUGACAUUAAAACCAUAAUUCGUGUGGACUUGUUGGUAAAUUUAGUUUUUUUGAGUUGAGCUGACGCCCUCUAGUGGACAGUCUAAGUGCCUACACAAAUAAUGUUUUUUUUAUCAGUUAGUUGUUGGUGUAAAAUACACUCGGUUGGUGUUAAAAGUGGAAAAUGAAAAUGAUGAAAAACAAAACUAGAACAAUAAAACAAUAAACAUAAUUAUUAAUGACAUAAAUGUAACCUCAUUCUGCAUAAAGGUAGACAUCGCCUUUCUCCUGAAUGCUCAUUUGGGAUUAGAUUUCCAAAACAAAAAAAAAAAAAAAGAAUUACUUUAGUUAAAAAAUUACAAUAAAUUAGCAACUGAUAGUAGCAUAAUUGAAAGCAAUACUAUAGGUGCACAUUGAGAAAAUGUGUGAUUCUUGUGUGUAUAGGUUGAAGUUCAUAUAAUAUUUGUAUUUUUAUUAUUUCCUCUGUUUACUCAUGUAAAAACGAGAGAUAGCUGGCUAUAUUCUCUUUCUGUUAAUCACUUUGUUAUUUUUCCAAAGCUUUUUGUUGGUAAGGAACUGCAAUCCUUUCUUUAACUUUGUAAACAAUAUUUCUUUUUCUACUUCCGCAUUCAAAUUUCAUAGUUUAAACUUGCUUUGGCUUGCAUCAACUUUAUGCGCUUGAGUAAUCCAAACAGUUUAUUAUUAUUGUUGUUUGUUCAUUUUAAAUACAUCACUUUUUCAACUUUCAACUUUGCAACUUGAUAAGUAUGAGUUUGUGUGUGUAAUAUAAAGGUAUUUUUUAGAAAUAUAACAGUGUAAAUAUGGAAUACUGUCAUUUAAGCUGGUAUAAAGUGUUCAGCAAUUAAAAACUGCCAAUCACAUGUUU